AUGUCUGUCGCUGAGGAAGAACUGUGUCACCACAUGAAAGUAGUUGUUCGUGUACGUCCUGAAAACACAAAAGAAAAGGCUGCUGGAUUCCAUAAAGUAGUUAAUGUUGUGGAUAACCAUAUCCUGGUUUUUGAUCCCAAACAAGAAGAAGACAGUUUUUUCCGUGGCAAGAAAAUUGCAAAUCGAAAUAUUAUGAAGAGACAAAAUAAAGAUCUGAAAUUUGUAUUUGAUGCUGUUUUUGAUGAAACUUCAACUCAGUUGGAAGUUUUUGAACACACUACUAAGCCAAUUCUUCGUAGUUUUUUGAAUGGAUAUAAUUGCACAGUACUCGCCUAUGGUGCCACUGGAGCUGGGAAGACCCACACAAUGCUAGGAUCAGCUACUGAACCUGGAGUGAUGUACCUAACAAUGUUAGACCUUUACAAAUGCAUGGAUGAGGUUAAAGAAGAGAAAGUAUGUAGUACGGCAGUUUCUUAUCUGGAGGUAUAUAAUGAACAGAUUCGUGACCUCUUAGUAAAAUCAGGGCCACUUGCUGUCCGGGAAGAUGCCCAAAAAGGGGUGGUCGUUCAGGGACUGACUUUACACCAGCCCAAAUCCUCAGAAGAAAUUUUACAGUUAUUGGAUAAUGGAAACAAAAACAGAACACAACAUCCCACUGAUAUGAAUGCUGCAUCUUCUCGUUCUCAUGCUGUUUUUCAGAUUUAUUUGAGACAACAGGACAAAACAGCAAGCAUUAAUCAAAAUGUCCGUAUUGCCAAGAUGUCACUCAUUGACCUGGCAGGGUCUGAACGUGCCAGUAGUACCAGUGCUAAGGGGACCCGGUUUGUAGAAGGGACAAAUAUUAAUAGAUCACUUUUAGCUCUUGGGAAUGUCAUCAAUGCCUUAGCAGAUACAAAGAGAAAGAAUCAGCAUAUUCCUUACAGAAAUAGUAAGCUUACUCGCUUGUUAAAGGAUUCUCUUGGAGGAAACUGUCAAACUAUAAUGAUAGCUGCUGUUAGUCCUUCCUCUGUAUUCUACGAUGACACAUAUAACACUCUUAAGUAUGCUAACCGUGCAAAGGACAUUAAAUCUUCUUUGAAGAGCAAUGUUCUUAACCUCGAUAAUCAUAUAACUCAAUAUGUAAAGAUAUGUAAUGAGCAGAAGGCAGAGAUUUUAUUGUUAAAAGAAAAGCUAAAAGCCUAUGAAAAACAGAAAGCCUUUGCUGAUGAAAAUGACAAAGCAAAGUUAAUGAUUUCAAACCCACAGGAAAAAGAAAUUGAAAGCAUAAAGUUGAUGGAUACAUCAUUACAGUGUAAGAGCUCGGUUUACACUCUAGAUUUUCUGGCCACUUGCAAACGAGAUCAUAGACUUGCAAUGUUGAAAACUCGUCGUUGCUACCUGGAGAAAAAGAGGGAGGAGGAGCUAAAGCAAUUUGAUGAGAAUACUAAUUGGCUCCAUCGUGUCGAAAAUGAAAUGGGACUCCUAGGUCAAAAUGGUCAUAUUCCAAAGGAACUCAAUAAGGAUCUUCACUGUCACCAUUUGCAUCUCCAGAACAAAGAUUUGAAAGCACAAAUUAGGCAUAUGGUGGAUCUCGCUUGUCUUCAAGAACAACAACACAGGCAGACUGAGGCAGUAUUGAAUGCUUUACUUCCAACCCUAAGAAAACAAUACUGCACAUUAAAAGAAGCUGGCCUGUCAAAUGCUGCUUUUGAGUCUGACUUCAAAGAAAUUGAACAUUUGGUAGAGAGGAAAAAAGUAGUGGUUUGGGCUGACCAAACUAUGGAACAUCCAAAGCAAAGUGAUCUACCAGGGAUUUCUGUUCUUAUGACCUUUCCACAACUUGGACCAGUUCAGUCCAUACCAUGCUGCACAUCUUCAAGUGAAUCUAAUCUGCUAAAAAUUCCUCCACAAAAAAGAACUCGGAGAAAAUUAAUGCCUUCUCCCUUCAAAGCACAACAUACUGAAAAGUCCACACUGUCUGAAAGUAUGCAGCUCAAUGAUUCUCUCAGCAAAGAGCUUCAACCUAUCGUGUAUACUCCAGAAGACUGUAGAAAAGCUUUUCGAAAUCCGUCUACAGUGACCUUAAUGAAACCAUCAUCUCAUACUACAAGUUUUCAGGCUGUCAGCUCAAAUAUAAACAGUAAUAAUUCUCUGAAUAUGUUGUGUGACGUAGAUACCCAUCUUAACAGGGGAACAGAAUGUGAACAGGAGAAUUUAGACUCAACAUUUACUAUAUGUGAAGACACCAGGAGCGUGAAGAGUAAAUUUUCUGAGCAAGAAUCUCUACCAAAUGACAACAGAAACAUUUUACAACGGCUUGACCCUUCUUCAUUAUCAGCUCAGCAUUCUAUGCCCGUACCAAGCAUAGUGCCGUCCUACAUGGCGAUGACUGCUGCUGCCAAAAGGAAACGAAAAUUAACAAGUUCUACAUCAAAUACUUCAUUAACUGCUGAGGUUAAUUCUGGAUUUGCCAAACGUGUUCGACAAGAUAAUUCAAGUGAUAAGCAUUUACAAGAAAAUAGACCAACAAUAGAAUAUAAAAGAAACAUCUGUAAAAUAAACCCACGCAUGGUUAGAAAAUUUGGAAGAAGCAUUUCAAAAGGAAAUCUAAGAUAA